CCACACAUGACUGCUCCCCUUUCUGUCUGUCUAUCCCCCUGGCUCGUCGUUCAACCGCUUCAAGAUGUCGGCGAGCCCGCUGGAGAGGGCCGGCCCACGGCUGCUCUUGACCUUCUUCCUCGGAUGGGCACCAGCGGCAGAAGAAGUGGCAGAAGCAGCAGCAGCUUCCCCGUCCCUCUCCCUCCCCUCCUCCUCAGGUGGGUGUGGACGCUUCUUGGACGCGUCCCGCGGCUUCUGCGCCUCGCUCUCCCGUGUAUCACCCACCCUCCCGGUGCACUCGGCGUGCCGGUCUGUGGAUCGGCAGCACUUGUAGCCCCACUGCUGCAUGUCCGGGUCAUAGUACGACCCCCAGACGGCCGUGUGGCCGUUGACGUGCACGUCCUCCUUGUACUUGGACUUGUUGACGGGUCGGCUGGACUGGUCGACCUUGAUGGGCUUCUGUGCCUUUGGCCUGCCCUGGUCCCUCUUGCCAGUGGCCUUCAUCUCGGACUGAGUGGGCGUGAGCUCGGACAUCUCGCGCUGCCGCACGGCGCGCCUGAGUUCCUCGAUUUUGCUUUCCUCCUGUCUGCGCUCGAGCAUCUCUUGCUGCAUCUUUUCCUCCCGCUUCUUCUUCUCCUCGGCCUGCCAGACCUUUUCGAGGUUCUGGAAGUUGCCCGGGUGGAAGGGCUUGUGCAUGAUGAAGUUGGCGCUCUUGCUGCCUAUCUUGCCCAUCCACAUCUUGCCGACAGCUACAGAUGACACAGGGGACCUCUCCGGGUCAGAUGGGUGUCAGACGAACGAGGAACGAUGGGGUGGCACGACAAAACGCCGACUCGAUGUCGAGACGACGAUGCGAUGACAGGAAGGCCUCCUCGAAGCUGGUACACAGGCAAUUCGCGGUUCGCUGGGCUGCU